AAGGGGAAAUACUGAUUUAGAAGCGUCUAUCCAAACAUAUACAUGUAUAACAAUCAGCUACUUUUCAAAAUUGUUCAAGGAAUUGACCUACGUCAUCGAGAUUAAAACCAAAUUUAUUUCUUGUUUCUACACUCUAUUCGAUGAGGACCACAUCCACCUAUCUCAAAUUAAACAAAUUUGCCGAAUACUCGAAUCAGCGCUACAACUGAUUACAGUUAAAGUCUCUCAUCCACUUUUGCUACAAAUUAAGCACUAUACAAUUGGAACUGCCAUAGCUCUUCUAAGAAUUUUGCAGAUCGAGACAGGUAUUUUGGAGCACAACUAUGAAAAAACGAUUUUUUACCUGUGCUUAUUAGAAACUGAAUUGAAGACUUGGAAAUGCAAAUUUACUUUUUUUAUAGACAAACAAAAGUUGCAACCGUUCUUUCAUGUGACUAUGUAUCGCUUGUUUUUGCUGUUAAAGGACUACCUAUAUUCGAAAGCCAGGAUAUUUUUUCAACAACUUGAAUUCAGCAAAACUGGGUAUAAAUGGGUUAAAAAACUAUCGGGAAACGAUUUUGAUUGCUCUGUGUCAUUUGACUCGCAAAUUAUCGCCUUCAUUGAAAGCUCUCAAUGCCUAAACGUCUCUUUAAUCUUGGAACCUCCUUUAAAUGAGACCGCGCAGGGUAUGCAUAGCUGGCCGGCUAUAUACACAUAUCCCCAGAUGCAAGCACCUGUGCAACACUGGCCAAAUAUCAUUUCGCUCCUUCAGGAUCAGUGUCAUUAUAUAUAUGACAGUUAUUCACCUGAAACAGACAAUAACUCUGCUGGCAAUGUCUCAAAUGGUGUCCAUACAUUAUAUUACUAUGACAGUCUGGUACAAAUCACUUACUACCUGACACAUAUUCAAGAACGGGUCGUCCUAUCAAUUUUAUAUGCUAACAAAAAGGAGCAGGGAGAUUUGCUCACUAAACAAUUUACUGAAAAGUUUUGUUCCUGGCUUAAAUAUACCCACGUUUUUUGGAAAGCCCUUUCAAAGUGCACAUAAAAUAACAGAUAUCGAACAACAUUAUAAAAUAGAUUUGAAAUUGGAGCUUUACAGAGAAAAAUGGGCAUAUCUCGAAAUGGUAAGGUUAUGAAGCCUAUUAAUCAAUGUACUAUAAGCAACAUAUAAAUAUACACAUAUGUGAUUGUAAAUAAUUACAAAAGGAUGCUCAACUGAUGCCUGAUUAAUGUAACAGUUUUGGAGUAAAAAUUAUUUAACGUUAAUAUUGUGUUAACACUUUGUUAUCACAUAGAGUAUAUUAGAAUCAUAUGCAUGCGCAUGCCAUUGAGAUAUACUUUUUGUUGUAGUUACUGUUCCUCAGAAAAUAUAGUACUUGAAUACGAACCAUGUAAAUUUCAGCAUAUAAAGUCUGUAUGCUGACAAUUGACCAAGAAUGUUAUGAGCGUUGUUUACACGAGAGAGCCGAGACGUGUCCGAAACGCUUAAAUUGCUAUAAGAUGUCCAAAAUCCAAGUAUUUUCUUGACUUCACGUUGUCUAUAUUGGUGUUACGCAUUACAGAGGCUUGGAGAUGAGAAUUAAAGGCAACGCCUGCGAUCUACGAUGCCAGUAACAGGGACUACUCGUAGAUUGAGAGAAGCAGAAAUUAUUUACGAUAGCACCGAAAAUCACGAUUUCCUCUCAAUUUCCAUUGUCUACCAAUCCCUACCAAUGAAUUCAGAGAUGCAAACUUUUAAGGCCCAACCUUGGUUUGAUACGAAAAAUGCAAACAAAUACGCUGUGCCAUAGAAAAGAAUAUAGAUUUUAUUUCAAUAAUUUCAGUGAUGCAGCCGAUGACACAGAGGCCCACAUUGACUUUCAUCCAUAUCGAAAACACUUACACCGUGUAUAUUUUCGGCGUAGAAUCUCUCUAGGCAGAAAAAGCAAACCGAAAAAUGCUUGCAUUUUUGUGUCUAUGUGACCCUAUUUUACACUUUUGGAAUCCUAAUUUUUACACUGAAUCGCUGUGC